ACCGUUUGCAGAUGACAUGAUACUAUACUUGGAAAACCCUAAAGACACUACCAGAAAGCUAUUAGAACUCAUCAAUGAAUUUGGCAAAGUUGCAGGACACAAAAUUAAUACACAGAAAUCCUCAAGUGUUACACGCUGUCCCACUGCAGUACCAAUAUCAACAUAAUUUCUCCCUGAGAAACCCUGAGGGAAAAAGGUAAAAUACUGAAACUUUCAGUUUCUUCAUUUAAAGCAAACAGAUUCUACCUACUUUGCACACUACAAAUUGGGUAAAUGUCAUUAAACAUAUUUUCCAUUAUGCACAUAGAUUUUCUUGUUCACCAUUUUAUCACUAGUGGCUAGUACAAAAUAACUGUUCAUUUUGUUUGGCUUUCUUGUAGUGUUUUUUCAACAUUUACAAGAAAUCCAUUAAAGCACUCCUUUAUGCAUUUAUUUAUUAACAUUUACUGGAAGAUGUACAUUACUAUUGAAUUUAAUAAGCAAUUAAUAAUGACCAAAUCCACGCUAGAGUGGUGUAGAUGCAAUUUCUUGAAAAACAACAAAAAAUAUACAUAUGAUCAUAAUAAAAUACUGCAAAGUUCUGACGUUUAUUUAAUUAUUCUUUCCAAAAUUAAAUUUAGGCUAGUUUUACAAUCUAGUGAGUCCUUUGGAUGGUUGGUUUCUUCAUUGCAGCUUCAUAGCACCCUCGUGCAGUCAUUCUUGGUGUCUACAGAUUCUAGUCUAAGGGUCCUUGUGUUGCUUAUCUCUGUAUGUUAGAUGUCUAUCUGACUUAUGAUUUUGAAGGCUGAAACAUCUUUCUUCUUUCUCUAAUCCAUAGUAUUUUGCCUCAGUUAAUUUUUCUUGAUGACUCUAGAUGUCCAACUCUCUCAAUCUCAAAAGGAUUCUUGUAAAUAUAGUCUACUUAGUAACAUCAAACACAUUUUAACUGUGAGCUCCCACACAACUUUUUCAUAUGGAUUAACUUUUUUGGAAGAGUCAGGAUGGAAAUGUUAUGCUUUUAAUAUUUUUAACCAUGUGAAGAUAUAAUUUGUCUUGACAUUUGGAUUUUUCUUUGUUUGUAACAACAUAUAAGUUGGAUUUAAGAUUUGAUGCCAGGAAAUCACAAGAGAAGACUAUAUAAGGGUUUAGUUAAUGUAUCUUUUAUUUUUAAAGAUGAUAGUUUACCAAAGGAUCAGACUGUAUAUAAUUAAAGUUUUCAGAUGUAAGGAGUCUAUAAUCCAUAUUGUUUAUAUAGUUUAGCAUUCAAUAAAUUAAAUAAACUGUUAUAAUGCCCACAUGUAACCAUUAGGAUGCAAAUGAGGAGCAAUUUACUAUAAUAAAAAGGUCAAAAUUGAAAUAACUCCAGCCUUCUCACUCUGCCUUGCAUCCUUUUCCCUGGUCUAAUUUUACAACACUUGAAUUAGGCAAUUGUUACCUUAAACAAGCUCCACCAGUGUGAUGCCAGUGUAUAGCAGUUGUAUUUAUAUCUUUCUCCCAUUGCCCUUCUUGUCAUCUCAGUGGCUCUGAUCAUUUCCCUGCCCCUGUAUGAAAAUUCAACAGUCCAGGGGCUUUCUGGUCCUCCUGUCAUACACAGGGACUGAACUUAGUAAUUAGGCUACACACUCCAUCUUUUGGUCAAAAGUCUAACAUGGCUUGAGGAAGGUCUUGGAAGGUCUUCUCUUCACUCUCAGGAGCAUGGCUUUUUAGUCAAAGGGAAGUCAGAGGAAGAGGGUCAUUUUUGGAGACUUGAGCUCUCUUGCAAAGAGAGAGGGUUAAGGGUUCUGCUUCAUUGCUCCAAAGUACUGUUUGCUUACCUCUAACACUUAGCUAUUAUCACGCUUUAUGGAUACCAACUGUUUCCCCUCUUGAAAGACAGCACUUAGUGUUUUCUGCAUCUGUGCUUUCCCAAUACCUCAUAAUAGGCACCAGAGGACGUAUGCUGGGUGAACAAAUCAUAACUGGAAUUCUCAAAGCUCUUGUGGAGCUUUUAAGAAAUUCAGAUGCUCUGACUAUACCUGGGAGAUUUGAUUCAAUAGAUUUUUUUGUUUCAUAGAGAGUCUUAACUUACAGCAGAGUUGAAAGCCAGUGAGCUGCAUGUUUAAGUUUUCAUAAACUUAAUAGUGCCAACACACUUUAAGGGAUAUUUACACUUUUAACCUAAAAAUGAGUUUUAGAAUAAGAAAUCUUAUGAGGUUUGUCCAGUUUUUCCUCAUUCUGAGUAAGAUCACUAAAAAUACUCUUGUAUCUUUUAAGACUGACAAGUAAGUAUUGAUUUCAGUAUAAAUCCUCUGGGAUAGCUAUGCCCGCUUUCCCACUUAUUCUGUUUUAUGCAAAUGGUCAAAGUUUAAAUGUAUCUCUGACCUCAACAUAUCUUUAUUUUUUUAAGAAAGAAGCUCUUAUAGAUAACUAUGAUAUUAAAACAUUGUACCAUCAGGACACCAUGAUGCAAAUAGUCUCCCCUUCUCAUAUUGACAUGUAGGUCUAUUGGCGCUUUGAUAAUUUUAUCUCUUAUGAAUUAUUCUACUCUAAAAAAAAAGGAUUCAUGUUUUUAAUGGUGAAAAAGAUGAAAGAGUCUAUAGGAAAUUUAUAUAACCUCCAAAAUAGAUGGUGUAUAGAUAGAGUUAGUUUUUAUUUUAAAAGGAAAUGGAUAAUAUAGGAUUCAGAUUUACUGAUUUGCUUAGAUUACACCAAAUUUCUUUAAUAAUUCAACAAAUAUUUACUGUGAAUAUGUAAGGCCUACUCUACAUUUGGUUGUCAUAAAAUGGUAGGAUUAUGCUGUAUGUUUAGGAUGCUUGUUAAAACAAAUUCUUCCUGAUUUUACUACUUUAAAAUUUUCAGGUUUAGUAAGCAGUUAUCUUGGAAAUAGAAUAUCAUUAAUGAUAAGUAAUAGGCUUAUUUAUGCUUUUCAUUUUCUGACUCCCUUAUAUGAAAUGCCAUAAUGUUUUAAGUUCUUUAAGGGUUCAUUGACCUUUUCAUUAGAGUAAAAUGACUUGGGAUGGAUACAUUUGCAUUCAGUUUUAUAAGCUUAACUGUCUUUCAGGUAAUAAAUAUUUAUCAUUUAAUUAUAUUUAAAUAUUAACCUAUCCUUUUAAGAUACCUUAUAAAUAAUGUUAAUUUUAAAAAUUAUACUGCUGCUUUGCUUUCGUAUGUUUUAAAUGUGUGACUUGCUAUUUAUAAAAUAUUUCUUUGCUCUCCAAAGAUAUUAAUUGAGCUAUCAUUCUUGAUUUGACCUCCAAAAUGUAGUUUAGGAAAUAUUUAGUGUUCUUAACCUUUUACUGAGAAAUUCCAACCAUCAGUGUGAGAGUUACACUGUGGAAUGCUUCACCUCUAAUACUGUCUUUAUCUCUCCAUUUCUCUAUAUUAGGCUAGUUUUACAAUCUCCAGUCUUCAUUGCCAAACCACAGCAUACUGAUGCCAGAUUUUUUAUUGGAUGAACAAGUAUGCUUAAUUUUUUUUUAGCAUGUGACCAAUUCAGGUUGUAAUUUAUAUAACAAUGUGAAAUGUGCAAAAUACAAUGAUUGUAACACAUGUAGAUGUAAUUAUACUUUGUAGAAGACAUGUUGUCACUGUUAAGUUAUAGCACAGAUAACAUUCAGAAAAAUGCGGGACAUGUAACACCUUAGCCAAGAGAUAAUAAAUGAGGCAAGAAACAGCUUACCUAUUAUGGCAAAAAAAAAAAAGGGGGAGUUUAUCUUUCUUUUAUAUCUUACAAAAUGUUUAAUAUAAAAAUAAGCAAUGAUCUCAAUAAUACUACCAUAAGGAAGCUUGGGAUUAUAAUAUUUGGACAUAGACUACAUUUUUUCUGUUGCAGAUUUCAGCUGAAGGCUGAGAUUUUACUUUGUGCGGUAAUUUCAUGUUUUAGACCCUGUAAAUCCUGAGACGGUGUCUUGCCCAGUGCAUGUAUUUACAGAGUUUCUGGGAAGUCAGUAAAUAGUCUUUUGUUUCUUUUUUUUUUUUUUUUCUAUUUUACUUUGUUUCUUCAGAAUAAGCAUUGGAAAAAUAUGGAUUGUGGUUAUAUUAUGUUGAGCUCCACAUUUUUAUUUUUAAAAGAUAGUUUCAUGCAGUUGAGAUGGUGAAGUUUUAAAUAACUUGUUUAUGAAACAGUUUGAUAGAAAUAAAAACCCAGUUAACACAUGAAAGCUGUGAUCCCACAGAACCAGUCACUGGAGACCAUUUUACAGUUGAGAAAAUGUGUGAUUUCAAAGGAUGGGGCAGAGGAUCAGAUAUUCUGGGUUCCAGUUCUGUUUGAUCUUGGCCAAGUUUCAUAACUUUUGUUUGAUCCUUGGUUUUCUUAUUUGUAAAGUGGAGAUAGUAAUAUCCAUCUCAGAGGUCUGUAGCAAGGACAGAGGAAGUAAAAACAUGUUAGUGUUACCUUCCUGUAUCUAAGGAAUUCUUGGGGAAUUAAUUACAAUUCCAAAAAAACUUUAUUUCUUCUUCGUUUUAUCUUGGUCUUUUUAGGACACGCAUUAAAAAACAUGUACAGCAGGUGUGCAGUGUUGAUCUUCAUAUUUUUGCAUUUAAAAGGAAAUCAUAUGCAAUUAUGAAGUUAAACUUCUCAUGAUGAUGAUAAUGUGUUUAUGGAACACCUUGACUGGAAUAAAAACUCUCUACCACACACGCUCAAAGACCACCUGGAUUCCAUUUACCCAAAGAUUCUACAACAGAUUAAUUUUAAGCAACUCUUUAUAUUGAUGAAUAUAUAUGAUUAUCCAACACAGAUGAUGCAUCUUUAACAUAACUGCACACAACUUUUAUGUGUGUAUCGUGAUUAUACACUCCGCAGGUUUGUUUACAUUUUAUUUCAUUUUAUUAACCUUCUGCAGUCAGGGUCUUAUUUUGAUAAAUCCCUCAUGAAAACAAGCUGCUGCUGAAUCCAUUUUCUCUGCCUGACCGUUGCUUUUGAAAAUUCCACUUUCCCCGGCCAGUCCCGUUAUUUGUAUGUGUAUAUACGUUCGCUAAACUAAACCUCUUAGGCUUUUGUGAGGAAUAUUUUGGGUUGAGUGUAUGCUAAAAUAAGUAGGCAGACCCAGAAAGUACAGUUGCAUUGAAGUUCCCAAAUAUGGCCUAUUGAAAAUAGUAACCAGGAUCUUGUUUUUGGAGAGUAAAUUUAGAGAGAGAUGUUAUUCCGAGGAAUGUGAAGCAAUGAUACGUUUUUGGAAGAGUCAGUGUUGAUGAUGAGGGUCCGUUAUGGUCAUUGUUUUUAUGCUUUGGGAUAGGGGCUCAAGGCCCUGCUUUUGCAGUUACUCUUCAUUUUAUCCAGUGUUCUUCAGGGAUUGUGAAAAGAUUGAUUAAUAUACUCUUCACUUUAAAAUCAGCCUUUGGGAAAAAAUACAUCAAUAAAUACACUCUUAAGCAAUUUCCCAUUGGGUACUAAUAAUGCAGGUAGUGAAUGAGCAGGGCAGUGCCAGAGACUGAGUGUCACCAAGCCCCACAACACACUGAGGAUGUUGGUUGAAUGUCUCUUUGUGCAUCUUUCAUUGUCUUAGUCCUUUGCUCACAAACUAUUUCUCCAACAUGUUACUUGGAUAAGGUAGAAAUAGAUCACAGAGUUCUUCUGGGGUCUGCCUUUCCUUAUCUGGAAGUUACUGUCUUUAAAGAAUAAUGUCAGGUUGAGGGACUCACAGGUGCUCAUGGUUUGUGCUUGCUUUCUUUUUUUGGAGGUUCUAGGAGAGGUAACAUGGCCAGGGCAGGUAACACUGAUGGACCCAGCAGUGAAGGAGGCCACUGCCAAUGCUUUGAGAAGAUCAGGAAGAGAAAUUAGGUCUGAAUGACAGAUCUGCACAGUGAUGGCACUUACUUCAGUUACGAGUUGCUCAGCGGACUGUGGAGUGACUGAACUAUACCCAUUCCCGUCAUGAUGCACACCCCUGAGGUUCCUCACCACACCUGUGUUCUGAUUAGAGGCAAAAUAAAUGACAUUCAAAACUUCCACUAAGGUACUAUAAGUAGGUCUCCAGGAUUGGACCAUCAGUGAUUGGAGCUGCUAACUCUAGCAGUUUCUGAGAGGAAUAUAAAGAUGUUGGUAUUUAAAGUGUUGUCCAGGGACCAUCAGCAUCAGCCUCAUCUGGGGCCUUUUCGCAAAUGCAGACCCUCAGACCCAGACCCCUUAUCAGCUGCAGCAAAUCAGAAUCCGCAGUUAACAAAUUCUUCAGCUUUUGUGGUGAGAUGGCAUCUGGUUUCUUUCUACAAGGAAAGUUUAGCACACAGCACAGUCCUUGAAACAUUGGAUUGGUUUGAUGAGCCUACCUGGAAUAGACUAUGUCAGAGAGUCACCAUGACCUUGCACAAUAACAAUACAACCUCACCUUUGUUUCCAAACAUCAGCUCUUCCUGGAUUCACGGCCCUUCCGAUGCAGGGCUGCCCCCAGGAACGGUUACUCAUUUUGGCAGCUACAACAUUUCUCAGGCAGCUGGGAAUUUAUCCUCUCCAAAUGGCACCACCAGUGACCCUCUGGGAGGUCACACCAUCUGGCAAGUGGUGUUCAUUGCAUUCUUAACAGGCAUCCUGGCCUUGGUGACUAUCAUCGGCAAUAUCCUGGUGAUCGUGGCAUUCAAGGUCAACAAGCAACUGAAGACAGUCAACAACUACUUCCUCUUAAGUCUGGCCUGUGCUGACCUGAUUAUCGGGGUCAUUUCAAUGAAUCUGUUUACUACCUACAUCAUCAUGAAUCGAUGGGCUUUAGGGAACUUGGCCUGUGACCUCUGGCUUUCCAUUGACUAUGUGGCUAGCAAUGCCUCGGUCAUGAAUCUUCUGGUCAUUAGCUUUGACAGGUACUUUUCCAUCACGAGGCCGCUCACAUACCGAGCCAAAAGAACAACAAAGCGAGCUGGUGUGAUGAUAGGUCUGGCUUGGGUCAUCUCCUUCAUCCUUUGGGCUCCUGCCAUCUUGUUCUGGCAAUACUUUGUUGGGAAGAGAACUGUCCCUCCAGGAGAGUGUUUCAUCCAGUUCCUCAGUGAGCCCACCAUCACCUUCGGCACGGCCAUCGCUGCCUUUUAUAUGCCUGUCACCAUUAUGACUAUUUUAUACUGGAGGAUCUAUAAGGAAACUGAAAAACGUACCAAAGAGCUUGCCGGGCUGCAAGCCUCUGGGACAGAGGCAGAGGCAGAAAACUUUGUUCACCCCACAGGUAGUUCUCGGAGCUGCAGCAGCUAUGAGCUUCAGCAGCAAAGCCUGAAACGCUCAGCCAGGAGGAAGUAUGGACGCUGCCACUUCUGGUUCACAACCAAGAGCUGGAAGCCCAGUGCUGAGCAGAUGGACCAAGACCACAGCAGCAGUGACAGCUGGAAUAACAAUGAUGCUGCUGCCUCCCUGGAAAACUCCGCCUCCUCCGAUGAGGAGGACAUUGGCUCAGAAACAAGAGCCAUCUACUCCAUCGUGCUCAAGCUUCCAGGUCACAGCACCAUCCUCAACUCCACCAAGUUACCGUCUUCAGACAACCUGCAGGUGCCCGAGGAGGAGCUGGGGACAGUGGACUUGGAGAGAAAAGCCAGCAAACUGCAAGCCCAGAAGAGCAUGGACGAUGGAGGCAGUUUUCAAAAAAGCUUCUCCAAGCUUCCCAUCCAGUUAGAGUCAGCCGUGGACACAGCCAAGGCCUCUGAUGUCAACUCCUCAGUGGGUAAGACCACGGCCACUCUACCUCUGUCCUUUAAGGAAGCUACUCUGGCCAAGAGGUUUGCUCUGAAGACCAGAAGUCAGAUCACCAAGCGGAAACGGAUGUCGCUCAUCAAGGAGAAGAAAGCGGCCCAGACCCUCAGCGCCAUCUUGCUUGCCUUCAUCAUCACCUGGACCCCCUACAAUAUCAUGGUUCUGGUGAACACCUUUUGUGACAGCUGCAUACCCAAAACCUAUUGGAAUCUGGGCUACUGGCUGUGCUACAUCAACAGCACCGUGAACCCCGUGUGCUAUGCCCUGUGCAACAAAACAUUCAGAACCACUUUCAAGAUGCUGCUGCUGUGCCAGUGUGACAAAAGGAAGAGGCGCAAGCAGCAGUAUCAGCAAAGACAGUCAGUCAUUUUCCACAAGCGGGUGCCCGAGCAGGCCUUGUAGAAGGAGGCGUUGUCCAUAGCAGUCACCAAACGCACACAUCAGCCCACAAACCUUAGGAGGGAGUAAGGUGCAGGGGGGGUGAUUUCUGGUGAUGAUAAAAAUGUUUUUAUCACCAGAUGUGAAAGAAGCUGCCUGUUUACCGAUCCAUUAAAUAAGCCCAUUUUCAUAUCAAAAGUCCAACACCAAUUCAGCAAAAAAAUAAGUGUAUUACUGACUAUAAAGAAAUUUAUUCUGAAAUAGACUUUGUUUUUUUUUCUUAAAGAGGAAAAAAAUUGCUUCAUAGCAAUUAUAUACCCAAAUUGGUCUGCCCGGGCCUUUUAAUUCCCAUUAGCUCUGGAAUCUUGAUAAGCAUAACUAGGCCAGCCCAGCUGCCACAUUCUUUCCAAGGAUCCCCAAAGUAUCGAUCCAGAUGCCACAUGGAACAACGUCAGGCUAGUGAAUCUGUGGUUCUGAAAUUCUUUCAUAUGUUGCAGAACUGAACCUUCCCGUCCCAAAAGAGCUCCCGUCUUCUCAUUGGUGUGUCUAUUUGUGGACUUGAUUCUUGAUUCUUGCAAAGUACUGUUUUGUGCAGUUCAAGUUUCGUACAAAUAAAAGAUACAUAAGUAUAUAUGUAUAUAUAUGUGUGUGUGUGCAUGUGUGUAUGUGUGUGUGUGUGACUCACACACACACACAUACACACACGCAUAGUGUAUAUAAUAUAAUGGGAAUCACUGAACUGGCAAAUUAUUCCGGCAAUAUAUGCUUUCAGUACUUUGGUGACUGAAGUUUCCUAGGAUCCUAACAUAACAUAAAAGUGAAAUAAACCCGGCGUAGGGCUUUGUCAACCAGGGCUGUUUUCCUGGAGAAUAUGCAGCAGAGAGCAGCCAGGCCGUCUGGGCUCUCAGCCUGUUGAGUCCAUGGCUUAACCAGACUCGCCAUAAGCUAUCGCCUUUGUUGAUUCCCUCAACAAAGUGAAAUCAAAUGGGGGGCCCUCUGAGCUUAAAGAAUGAACCACAUCCACAUGUUUGAAUUGUCCAAAUCUGAAUGUCUCCAAACAAACUUGUGUUAUCUAACCUGCGUGAAAGUCAGUAAUAGUCUCACGGUUGAAUGUCAUACACAGCAUUACGCAGGGCAAAGCAGAAGAGACGUUGUAAGAGGCAAAGAACACGGGGUUCGUUUUCUUGCUACUUGAUAUCUUUAAAUGGAAAGGGCUUACACCUUUGUGACUUAGCUGUGGCCAGUGCUUUCUGGCAUUCAUUGUACACCCUUCACCCAGGAAUAGCUGGGGUUGAGGAAGUUAUGAGUCCUCUACAGAAAGUAUUACACUUCGAAAAGUAUUGCUUCAAAUUGAUUUCUUAUUAUAUUUCUAAAAAGCGAUUUUGUAUUCUCUUCUGAAUUGACCAAAAUGCUCAAUGUUCUAUUUGGGGGAGGGGAGGGAUGCUUCUCUGGCUGUCAUCUUCGUUGCUGCUGUAGCUGUUAGGGUUCCUUUUUUUCCCUCUGCUGGGGCUGUGUGGGGAGUGGGAGGGGCGGGAGGCGGGGGGCUAAGGAGAAAUCUUCCCUUUGUACAGGGUCUCCGUGUUGUGAACCCGGAGCCAGGGUAGAAGCUGCUUUUGUGUUCAGUGUGAGCUGGUGUUUACAGCAGAUUUUGACAACAGUGGAAGUGUACUCAGUGGUGUCUGUGUUUCUGAACUAUUUAAUUUUGUGUUCUGUUUAUAUGAAGAUAUAUUUAUGCAUAUUUCACCAAGUGUCUAUUUAAUGUUGAUAAAUAUUACUCUUCAGUCUUCAGCAGUGGUGUCCCUUGAAAGUGCUUCUUUAAGGUCCACUUGAGCAAUGAGUAGGGUCUCUCGAGCUUUCUUGUGGCUAAGAAGAGGAAAAAGCCUGUUGGUGUUGGUGUUGGGAGGAACCUAACUCUUUCCAGGUAAUAAAAAAGUCAACUGUGACUUUAGCAUAACAGCUUAAUUCCCUUCUCGUUAAACCUGAUGGAAACUGGUCAAAGCAACCCUCCGCCAGUGUGUUUGAAAUCACAUUACAAGGGGAAGAAAGGCAAAUCAGUAUAAUGGAAAGAAUGAUUUUUUUUUUGGCCCACACUUGACCAAAAAAUAAGAAAAAAACAGGAACUAUUUUCUAACGUGCAUAGCAAACUGCAGAAUGUUAUGUUAUCCACCUGUGAAAUGUCUAGGAAGCAACUGCAUCUAUAUUGAUAUUACUCAAGUUGGCCUGGCACUAACUAAUACAUUUGUGAAUGCUGAUUCAUGUCUUCCUGUACAUCAGUAAUUCGCAUUCUCUUUGAAAGUCCUAUCUUGCCUCCUUUUCAAAAGGCUAUUUCCUAUAUUCUUUUUAAAAAUAGAGAAUUAAAUUUAAGAAACAGACAAAUCGUGAGUUUUGGCAAAACUGAGAAGGUCAGUAACAAUUCUCCUUAAACAUGAUUAUCUCCUGAUCCUUGUCCUCUUAUGAUGCUUUCUUUUCUUAGGAAGAAAAGAAAGAAGUCUGGAACAUCAGCUCUCCUUUUCUGUUACUGGUUUAAUUAUCUAAGUGGUUUUAAAUCUCUCGUGGAUGAAAACUGCUUUUAAGUAUUGUCUACUGACCCUGACUAUAGAAAUGUGGGUCCAACUCUUAGGUCAUUUUCAAAAAAAGGAAAAUAAGAAAACCUGAUUCUUUUGAAUAUGCAGAGUUUAGAAGUGUAAUCAAAGAUGUAGUGAAGUGUAUAUAACCAGACAUAACUACACAUAUAUUUCUCAAAGGAUUUGUCACCAGAAAAGGUAUUCAGCAUUUACAUAAAAUCAAAAUGUCUUCAUCCUCAAAAUGGGACUCAAACUGUUUUAUCCCAUGUGAGUGAGGUUUGCAGUGCUUUCAUGAUUAUGCACUUCCAUCAAAAGAGGAAAAUCGUCAAAUCUAAGUAAGCUAUAGGUGAAGAUGCCACCGCCCACCACAUACAUACACACACCCACACCCAUAGCCACCCCCACCCCCCCAUUCUCUAUCCUCCAAGGUCUACCUGAUGGAUAAGAGAAGAGAGCUCUCUGGUCCUCUGUUCCCUUUGGCUCUGUUCUCUUUGGCCCACCACCUUCAUGAUGGAACCAUGAAGACCUGUGGUCUUUCUGCUAGUUCACCAUAUUGUCCUGAAUCAUCCUUGACUUCAGAUUUAGCCUUGACUCUCCAGAUAAGUUCCAUUUCUAUUCACCCUUUCACACGUAAUAGUUCUAGAUUCUGACAGAAAGACAAUAGGCAGAAAGCAUAAGCCACUAGAAGCUGCAGUGGCUGAAGAUCUAGAAGUCAUAGCAGCUUUCUCUGCCACCGCCUUGUGUGCAGACGGGCAAUUCACGGCCCUGGGAAGGCCUGAGAGCCCUUUGUGCAUCACAUGUGAGACGGGGGAGGGCACGGCUCUGAUACAGUCAGCUGCCUCUAGUCUUAGGAAGGAGAAGGAUGGCAAGGCUCAGGCACAGUGAAGGCGCCUUGUGGAGAAAACAUGAGACAAAGGAAGAGCCUGGGGGGCAUUCCUGGCGCCCUGUUCUUAUCUGAGUAGAGGGGAUUCCCAGAUGAGGACACACGACUCGGAAAUGGGACAAUCCAUCACAGCAGCUUUGGGGGACAAGCGCAAGUGUCAUGAAGAAGCUCUGAACGGAGCACAAGGAGCCCUGAGCUCUCAGCCCAGUUCUGUCACCAGGGAAUGAACAUGUCCCCUGCCUUGCAUGUCACUUACCCUUUAACCCACUGGCUUUUCAUGAGUUCAUGCUCAUACUCAUAAACAAUCUGAAAGCACCUUAAUUGGCUUUCUAAUAGUAAAAAAGUCAAAUUGAGGCAGAGCGUUAGGUGAAUAACUGCAACGAUGAGUGUAGAUUGUAUGUCCAAUGAACACUUGAAAAAUUCUCAUUUUAUAUAUCCAUCAGAGUUGUUUACUUAUAUUUCAAUACAACAAAAUCUAAGGAGUUCUCAUGAUUUGUUGGUAAACUUGGAAUUCUAUUGUUUCAAAUACCACUUCAGGCCAGGACAAUCACUUGAGGCCUCACAACUGUAUGUAAGUGGAAUUGCUGGAUAGUGGGCGUUUGUUUUGGUCUCUCAGUGGUAUGUCUUGAAACAAACUGAGACUUUAUAGAAUACAUCGCCCAAAACAUCCUUUCUUCGAUCUAACAAUCCCCCUUCCACCACCUUCUCCAAAAGAGUAUUUUUUCCUUACAUGUAAAGUGCAACAAACUUAAUUCAACCGUGUAAACUUUAGCCCAUACUAGGUUCCAGGACAAUUUUACUGCUUCCCUCUAUGUAAGUUAUGUCGUCUCUUCUUGUGUUUUCACGACUCUGUUUUGUAGGAAUUCAGCCUCUACCAGGAUUAAUGCUGUGUGAGUAAAUAUUCCAAACCUUAGGAACUGGUUCCAGGGACAGGAGCCCAGGGCGCUUUUAGAACUGGGAAUUCCAUUUUAUUUUCCUUUUUUUGUUGUUGUUGGUUUGUUUGGUUUUUGCUUUUUGUUUGUUUGUUUGUUUGUUUGUUUGUUUGUUUAGGGCCAUUCCUGCAGCAUAUGGAAGUUUCCCAGGCUAGGGGUCCCAUAGGAGAUGUAGCUGCCAGCCUACACCACAGCCACAACAAUGCAGGAUCUGAGCUACACCUGUGAUGUAGAGCUGCAGUCAUGGCAGCACUGGAUCCUUAACACACUGAGCAAGGCCAGGGAUCAAACCCAUGUCCUCGUGGAUACUAAUUGUGUUUGAAACCUGCUGAACCACAGCAGAAACUCCCCCAUUUUCUUUUUCUGGCUUUAGUGUCACUGCCUGAGAAAGGAAACUCAUGUUGAGAUUAAAAAUGAACAAAGAAAAACAAGUUCAUAAAGUGACUGUGUUCAAUAUAAGUUUGUGACUGCAUAAUAUUGUCGCCAGGCUCCAAAAUGGACAAGUGUUAGUAUUGUUAAUUGGACAUACGUUACACUCACAGCUUCACACACCUUGAUCAACAUUGCACUUGGCAUGUGGACAUGGACACCCAAACACUUUGGUAGACUGUUAGGACUAUAGUUGCUCUAGUAGAACCACAAAGACUCAGCACAGAGUUCUGACACUGCCACUCUUGGCCUGGGCUGAGAACACCCCAAGUAAUCACCCAGAUCCAAGGAGGCUCUCAUCUGAGUUGCACCAGAUGAGAGGUAAAUGGAAAGGGAGGCCAUAUUCUCGAUUGCAAAGAGGUAUUAGUAACACUUCUGUCACCCAAACAACUCUAUCUUAAACUUAAAAGAUUAUCUCCAGGAUAUAAACAUUUAUUCUUGUUCUUUCUUGGAGUCCAAAAUACUUAGCAAUUCUGAAAUUUCCAUACCAAACCCCAAACUAUGUUUAUCCUAUAUUCUGUGACUUUUUUGAUGAUAGAAAGUGGGUGUUAUUCAUUCUGUGGCUGGCAUAUGAUCUGUCAAACAGUAGACAUUCAAUAAAUGUGGUUGAAUGUUAUAAUUAAUAUAGCAAAUAUUUGUCAGAAUUAUAUGCUCCACACUUCAAGUGUAGCCAGAGGUCAUUGAGCUGGGAAAGUAAAGGAAAUUUGGUUCAUUAAUAUGACAGUUUUCAAAUAAACUAUUACAAAGCAAUAAGGGGAAAUAUUUUAAUAGAUUUGAAGUAGUAAAUAUGAUGAGGACAGGAAGGGGAAAAAUCGACUCUUUCCUUUAUCCCUAGAAUUUGGAAACUUUUUACCAGAUUGGUCAACUCUACUUUAUUCUAUUAAGAGAAGUAUUGAGUGUUUAUAAAUAUAAGUCUUAUGUUUGUACAGGUGAAGUUCUGUAGUUUGGCUUAAAACAUCUUUGCAUGAAGUUUUGCUUGGCAUGAAAGGAGAGAUUCCAUUCUGUUCUGCAAGCAUUAAACAAAAGUUCUAUCUUAUGUUCAUUCCUCAUAUAGCACAUGGGUAUUUUCAUCCCCCUACGUACAACACUCCAAAGAAAUUUCUUUGGAGCUUAUGCAUAGGACUAUGGGAAGGCAACAUUUUGAGCAAUGCCCGCCCCCCCUUUUUCAAACACACAGGAACUGUCUCUAAGUUUGGUGCAGGUUUGAGGAAUAAUUAAAUUAGGCUUCCAUGUUGGUGAAUCAGCAUAUUGAUUUUUCUUGGCAGAAAGCUUUCUGGAAAAUGUCUAUGAAAUGUUUAGUGACUCACAUCCUUGUAAUUCAUGAGGGUGUAGAAACCACUGUCCAAAGAGAUGGCUAUAUAUUUGCUUUGUAAGCAAAAGGCAUGUAUCAUAGUUGCAUCUAAAAUAGCGUCCCAUCUUUAUCAAAGGCACUGAGUUUUACCUGUUUUUAUUUCCUAGUGUCCUAUUUCCUCAGUAGUCAUUUUAGAUAUGUCAUAUGCUAUUUUUAUUCCUUUGCCUACAAAUAAGUCAAUUGUCUGUACUAUAAAAUGAUGCCUGCAACUUUGUGGUGAUAUUAUCCCCUAAGUUUAAUAGUGAAAUAAGGAAAUAAAACUACAAACAAACAAAGAAUGUGGUUGGCUUUCUUUUUAAUCCAAGGUCCAUAAUACAGCAACAGCGUCUUAUUGUAUAAAAAGAUGGAAUACUUUGAAGGGAUAAUUCUGGAACAAACCCUUAUUUGCAUUGGCUUCUCUAUUUUACAUGCACUAGAACUUUCUUCAACAAUGAACAUUGCUGCUGUCAUAACCCCAGAUGCUUACAAUACCCUGUGUUUAGGACUGUGAAUUAAACGUGUCAAUUAUAUCUGCACCCAUCAUCCUAACUUUAAGACUGCACAUGAAGAAAAAUAUUUACCUCUAAUAUCCACUGUCAACCUAAAAUGAAUAGACUACCAGUUAUUUCUCCACCAAAGACGGGUUUAUUUGGGGUCUGAAAGCAUGGCAAGCCUCAUAAAAAUCCCCAAAGAGCCAGGGAAGAACACAUUUACAAAGGGGAAAAGGAAGUUGGAAGGGCUCUAGUAAACAAAGCAUCCACAGCUAUUCAUUUGCCUGAGUCCUUGCCAGGAAAGAAGAGUUUUUCUUCUUUCCAUUGGGGUCUGCUGUCCUCAUAGGGCUUGAGAGCUCUCUGUUCUGGUUUGCUAACUCUCUUUAAGGUUUCUGUUUAUUAAUUUUUUAUAGUACUUCAAAGGGAAUUUUGUUUUCCUCUUUUUAAAAGAAAUGCUUACCGUUUGACCCCUCUUUUUUGUUUCCUUUGGUUUCCUUCACUGUGCACAAGCUUUUUAGUUUGAUGUAAUUCCACCCACUGGUUAAUGUUCGCUUUUGCUUCUUUUGCCUUUGAAGUCAGAUCCAAAAAAAAAAAAAUCAAUUGCCAAGACUGAUGUUACGAAGUUUAUGACCUAUUGUCUUUUUUUUCUAGGAUUUUCAUGGUUUCAGGUCGUCUGUUCAAGGCUUUGAUCCAUUUUGAGUUGAGUUCUGUGUGUGAUGUAAGAUAGUGGUCCAGUUUGAUUCUUUUGCAUGUAGCUGUCCAGUUUUCCCAACACAACUGAAUUGCAGGUGCUGUCCUUUCCUCCAUUGUAUAUUCUUGGCUUGUUUGUUGUAAAUUACUUGAUCAUAUAUGUAUGAGUUUAUUUCUGGGCUCUCUAUUCUGUUCCAUUGAUCUAUGUAUCUGUUUUUUAUGCCAGUACCAUACUGCUUUGAUGACUGCAUCUUUUUAAUAGAAUCUGGAAAUAGUGGGAUGCCUCCAGCUUUGUUCUUCUUUCUCAAGAUUGCUCAGGCUAUAUGGGGUCUUUUUUGUUUCUAUACAAAUGUGAGGAUUAAUGUAUCUUUUUUUCUAUGAAAAAUGUGUUGGAAUUUUGAUAGGAAUUGUAUUGACUCCUGUAGUUUCCUUUGGGUUAAUAUCUUAACAAUAUUAAUUCUUCUGAUCCAUACGGAUGAAAUAUAUAUCCAUUUAUUUGUAUCUCCCUUAAUUUCUUCAGUUUCUGUGUCUUAUAGAUUAUGGAUUUUGUUAUUUUCAACCUGUGUGUGCAUAAGCUGGGAUAAAACAAAUGACUAAUUAGAUAUUCUAAUUCAAUUAUUCCUGGUUUCCUUAAGAACCAGGAUUCCCAGUGUGGUGGAAUAUGUAACAGAAGAAAUUAAGUAAAAGCCAUACAGGUCUCAAUUUGAAUUGGAUGUAUUAGUAUAAACUCCCAGAAUAUUUUACCAUGUAUGUAAUAUCUAGUUCUUCCCACGGAAAAGAACUAGAAACAAUAAUCAAUUCAGCAGCAAGGAGGAUUUCUAACAUCUCAAUUGUGGUCUUUAAUAAAGGAAACCACAGCUUUUUGAGGAAAUAGCUGAUUUGCCUUGGGCAGGAAAUAUACAAGAAGAAUUUGAAACAUCUUGCCAAAGCAGAUAUCAAGAAAGUAUUCAGCCUACUGGAAAAGACAUUGACAUACACAAGCACUUGAUAGCUGGUAGAAGUGAUACAGCAGGUUAGUGGGGAAAUGAUAUUCUUAAUAAAUGGUACUUAAAUAUCUACAUGGGAAAAAGACUACUACCUCACACCACACACUAAAGUAAAUUACAUGUGGAUUAAAGACCUAAAUUUAAAAGUCAAAGUUAGAAAGCUUUUAGAAGUCAAAAAAGUUGGAAAGUUUUUAAGAAAUAGUUUCAUGACCCUGACUCUUAAAGAUUCAAAAAGCCUUAGCCGCAAAGGGGGUAAAUACAUUAAAAAGUAUGAAAAGAAAGCCAUAAUGGAAGAGAUCAUUCCAAAACAUACAACGAUAUUAAACAAAUACAGAAUAUAUAAAGAACUUCUAUAAAUCAAUUUCAAAAAAAUUAUAUAAUGCAGGAGAUGAAAGAUAACAACAAAUUCCUUGCCAUUCCUCACAAUGAAGGGUGGAAUUUAAUUUCCCUUCUCUUGAUCCUGGGCUGGCCUUAGUGACUUGCUUGACAAAUAAAUAGAAUACAUGCAGUACUGGGUCAGAAGAGCCUUGCAGCUCUUACCCGGAUCUCUUGUAACACUUGCUCUGGAGAAACCACAUGCUGUGUAAGAAGUCUGACGACUCUGAGACUGUCAUGCUGUGAGGAAGCCAUUCUCCAGCCACUCCAGAUCCCAGGUGUGAAUCAUUCCAGCCAAGGCCAAAUUGAAGAUUCAUGAGCAAAUUACAUUGUUUUAAGCCACUAAGUUUUCAGGUGUUUUUUACGCCGCAAUCAAGAAGUAAAAUAGUAACCCAACAACAACAAAAAAAUGGACAAAAGAUUUGAAUAGUGGUUUCCAGGCACCUGGGUGGAAGAAAUGUUGGUUAAAGGGUACAGAUCUUCAAGUUGAAAAUGAGUGAAGUUUCAGGAUCUAAUGUAUAACAUAGUGACUAUACUAUUUUUUAAUAGCCACACCCACGGCAUAUGGAAGUUCCCCGGGCCUAUGCUGCUGCUGCAGCAACACCAGAUCCUUUAACCCACUGGGCCAGCCAAGAUCGAUCCCGCACCUCCACGGUGACCCAAGCCAUCACAGUUGAAUUCUUAACACAGCACCACAGUGGGAACUCCAUGGUGACUAUAACUGAUAACACUACAUUAUAUAAUUAAAAUUUGCAAGAGUUCCACUAUAGCAGUAACAUCUCUGGAGCACUGGGAUAUAGGUUGGAUCCCCAGGCUGGUACAGUGGGCUGAAGAUCCAGUGUGCCAAAGCUGCAGCGUAGGUUGAAACUGCAGCUCUGAUCUGAUGCCUGGCCUGGGAACUCCAUAUGCCAAGGAGUGGUCAAAAACAAAAACAAACAAACAAAAAAAAA